GAAAAAAAAAAAAAAAAAUGGGUUUAGAUCACAAUUGGUUGUUUGCCCGUUGGCUUGUUGUGGUGGUCAUGGUAGCGAUUCCUACGGCAGUUGAAACUUUUUGCCCGUCCAUGUGCCAAUGCGACGACAGUCUACUAGAGACCAGCGGUUCUGGCUCGAAACUCGAUUCUGUGCCCAUCUUGUUGAAUCCUUCGUUGCGCUCGUUACACUUGGCCCACAACCGCAUCGCUUCUCUUAGACAAUCUGUCAGUUUUUACGGCGAAUUGCGCCGUUUGGAUCUCAGCCACAAUGGUCUCCAUUCGUUGGGUUUGCUCCAUUUCCAGCCGCUUGGCCAGCUCGAAUGGCUCAAUGAUUCCAACAAUUUGGUCUCUUCCUUGGAAAUGGAAUCGUUUGCCGGACUCGCAUCGCUCACCGUCCUCGAUCUCAGCGCUAAUCGGCUCACUCGACUGACGGAUGACCUGUUCGCCGAACUACCUUCGAUUGUCACGCUCAUCCUCAGUGGCAAUAAAAUUCAAACGGUGGUCAGCGGAGCGUUCGAUUCGCCCCGCAAACUGCACACGCUGCGUCUCGAAGACAAUAAUUUGGGUAACGUCCCUACGGCCGCUCUAGUCCCCCUGGCCGCUGGUUUGCGAUCGUUGUAUCUCCAAAAAAAUCUGAUCGAGACGUUGGAAGACGGAGCGUUCCAUCAUCUUGCCCGUUUACGGCUGUUGGCCCUUAACGACAACGCCAUUGACCGCGUCGAUCCUCUGGCCUUCGACUCGCUCGUUUCGCUCGAUGCGCUGGAUCUCAGUAACAAUUGAUUGGAUGGACCCAUUGAGGCUUUUACGACCGUUUCGCCGUUGACCCAUCUGGAUUUGUCUGGUAAUAUGUGGCGCCUAUUGCCGGCCAACUUCUUGUCCGGCCUGCCGCGUCUCCAGACGCUCAACGUUUCUUAUAUGGAAUACUUGCGGUCGGUUGAUCCGGCCGUUUUUUCACAAGACGCGGCCCGCCAUCACCAAUGGAUCUGUCGUUACGAUCUCCACCUCACCUAAAGUCUUAAUUUAUUUGGACUCCUUGCCCAAUAAUUCCGAUCUCGGUGCCGCUGUCUUAUCUAAAAAGUUAGCCACUUUAUUGGCUCUGGCCACUAUCUCUCGUGUAUCUGAAAUUAUGUCUAUUUCCUUUCAUUCAUUAAGAUUUUCCCCAACAGCAGCCAGUUUCUCUCUCACCCGACCGAAGAAAGCGCAGCCGCAGUGCUGCUGCCUCUAAAGCCGUAAAGCAAGGUAUCCCGGUGGAUACCGUCCUUAAAACAGCUAACUGGUCGAGAGAAUCGACUUUUCAAAAAUUUUAUCAUCGCGAGUUAGUUGGUACCACGGUAACGGAAGCAGUAUUAUCUCAAAUAAGUUCCGAGUGAUUGAUCUUUAAAG